AUGGAACUAGUAUUAAGUUGUCCUAAUAUAUACAAGCUGCGACUACGCGGACAUAUCACAGAGUUACCUGAAGACCUCUUGUGCCUUAGGAACCUCACAAAGCUUACACUGAGUGGGUUUGAUCUCAAGGACAACCACAUAAAAGUAUUAGAGAAGCUGCCAAGCUUGAGAAUGCUUUUUGCUGAGGUCGGGAAUUUCCUAGCACCUCUUGUUUGCUCAAAGGAAGGCUUUCCAUUUCUUGAAUUUCUUUCUCUUAGUACGUUAGAGUUAAAAGAAUGGAAGGUGGAUAAAGGAGUCAUGCCUAGUCUCUGCAAAUUGCAAAUUGUGGAUUGCUUAUAUUUGGAGACAGUUCCAGAUGGGCUCCAAUAUAUUACUACCCUCAAGGAACUAACCAUCAAUUUGAUGCCUUCCGAAUUCUGUAGCAGGCUUGGGGAAGGAGGAGAGGAUUUUUACAAAAUCCAACAUGUGCAGUCUAUUAUUAUAACAAAUAUUCGGGCAAAAAGAAGAUGGGAAUAA